CUCCCCCGGAGUAGUUGGUGCAGCUCGGCCGCCUGCAAUCCAACAUGGAGUAGUGAGAGAUGGGGCUCUAGCGGGGCCACCCCUCGGCUACAGCAGCGAAGACGCGCUUUUUUUACGCACAACUGGAAGCGGAGUCGUCGGUGAAAACAUGCGCCUUAGGACUUAAAAAACCAAGAGUGUGUGUGGGAGUGUGUGUAUGUGUUUGGGUAAGGUGGGGGGGUUAGAGAGAAUCAAGGGCUGAAUUCGGCAACCAACAUUGCCAGUGCAGCCUGCGUUUAUCCACUGAUUGGGUAUUAAAGUUUCAGACGGAGGAGAGGAGGUCCGUUUUUGCGAUCCAGAAGAAAACAGCGUGGCUUCAGGGGAAGAAAGAAGAGGAAAAGGGAGAAUUUCAGGAAAAAAGGCUAUCGAGGGCAAAGCCUGAGAGCCGACAGUCGCACAAAGGCGCAGGGGGGAUUUAUGCGGAAUUGAACACAGGAUCGGAGGUGAAAGAAUGACGAGUGAAAAGUAUGCAACCGCCGUGGUAUAUUACCUGAGGUGAAAAGAAAAAAUGAUAGAGGAAACACACCCAAACGAUGACAGCUACAUCGUGCGUGUGAAAGCGGUGGUGAUGACGCGGGACGACUCAAGCGGCGGCUGGCUGGCUCAGGAUGGGGGAGCCCUUAGUAGGGUGGGCGUUUGUCGCGUCCUUCCUUCGGAGGUAACGCACCUUUCUGGCUCCAGCAGUUCCCAGUUCGUCAUCCGGGGAGAACGGCUGCGUGACAAACAGGUGAUCCUGGACUGUCCGCUAAGGAAGGAUAUAGUGUACAACAUUGCAAUGCCGACAUUUCACCAUUGGAAAGUGGAGGACAGGAGGUGUGGCCUGUCCUUCCAGUGUCCAGCUGAUGCCAGAACCUUCGACAGGGGGGUGCGGAAAGCAAUUGAAGACUUGGCUGAAGGCUCCACGACCUCCUCUACAGCACUCCAGAAUGAAGGAGAACUGGGAGAUGAUGACGUUUUCACUAAUGCCACGGACAGCUCGUCCAACUCCUCUCAAAAAUUGGACAGCUCCCUGCCGCCGCUCGAGUCCUCGCCCCUUCCUCAGAGACACAAGUUCACGUCAGGACUUCAACAUGACCUGCAUGACUCCUACCGCCUCACAGACCACUACUACUUGGACCAGCCAUUAUCUCGUAUUCCUCGACAUGUCACCUUCGACGAUGAGGAGAUUGUUCGCAUCAAUCCCCGGGAGCGCAGCUGGGAGCGAACCACAGAACGUUACCUUGGACGCCAGGCGGACCGCUCCUGGCUCACUGGCUAUGAGGACUACCGACACGCAACGGUGCGUGACAGAUUCAUCCACUCGGACGACUCGGAGUCCUAUGUACAUUUCGACAAGACAGAGGCGCAGAAACACGACUAUACCUACCCGCUGGCACCGGAUCUGUCACCCUUGGACUCUGACCCCGCGCUAGGGUCCUUGACCUCUAAGGGUCAUGGCGGUUCCUACAACCCGCCCUUCUCCUCAGUUGUCUCCAACCAGCCUCGCUCAUUUUUCGCGAGCUCCUCCCCAUCCUCCAAUGGAAGGAAGGGGCAGAAGGACAACGGGUUGGAGCGUGCUCAGUGCGAGCACUGCGGCGAGGCCUUUUACCUCUCUGAAAAUCGGAGAGGGCGGUGCCAGGAUGCUCCCGACCCCUUGCGAGUGUGCAUUCGACGGGUCAGCUGCAUGUGGCUAGCAGACACCAUGCUCUACCACUGCAUGUCAGACCCAGAGGGAGAGUACUCGGACCCCUGCUCCUGCGACGGUGGCGAGGGCAGCGGCGGUGGCCGUCUGGGCACUCGCUGGUUGGCUCUGCUCGGCCUGUCCAUGGUGGCGCCCUGCCUCUGCCUUUACCCACCCCUCCAUGCUUGUCACCGGGCAGGGCUCGCAUGUGGCUGCUGUGGAGGCCGACACAAGGCCCAGAGCUGAGAUCCUGUACUUGGAAUCCUCUCAGAGGAAGCUACAAAAAAACCUUAACCCAAUGCAAGCACAAGGAAAAGGAGGGAAGGGGAAAACACUCAAAGAGGAGGGACAAGUGGUCGCGGCUGCUCGCUCUCUUGCCUUGGUCUUUCUGGGUUUCUGUACAAAUUCCAGACACUGAAAAAGCCAAAUACAAAAAAAACAGUUGGUGCAUUUUGUGAACAGCCUGGGAAGAUAAGCUCCCCCUUAUGGCAGACAGUUCUCUCAGCUCUCCAUGUGGCCAUUUCAUGCUCUGUUUCUAAAGAGAGAGCAGUCUUUUUCAGGGGGCCUUUUUUUAUAGCCAACCUAUACGUCAUGUAUCACAUAUGCAGGUACUUUAUAUUGUUAUAUUUGUACAUUGACUCGGCCUCAAAGAACUUGAAUUCUUUGUUGUAUUUUAUUUUCUUUCCUUUAAUGUCUCUGUGGCCAUAUUGUUUAUUUUCUACUCAAACAUAAGGCCCGCUCAGUUCAACAGAAAUCAGACACUACACCUCUUUGUGAAUACGCGUGCGUGUAAAAGCGUGUUUGUAUGAGUGUACGUUUAGGCCUUUUGUUUUCUGUACUGAAGCUUGUAGUAAAGCUAGUGUAUAUAAUCUUCAUAGUUCUCCACAGACAUCUUUCCUCACUCAAAUAAACGUGGUACUCGUCUUAAAGGGAUAGUUUGGAUUUUUAAAGUGAAGUUAUUAUCAGUAAUAGGUCCCUUACAGGUAAACAGACAGAUGUAUCACUGUGAGCUUGUAGAAACAUCAAUAAAUCCUCAGAUGGGCUCCAUUUUUUAGCUUUGGCAAUUUAAACUAAAAAUGUUUGUCUGUGGGAGUAUCAUGACACAGUAGCAGAAAUCGAUAGUCUACCACUUUGGAAGAGGCUGUUGCGAUGUUUUGUCACCGUUUCCUCAGCCAAACAAUGUCAUUGUAUCUAGGAGAAGUUAGCAGAAGCUGAUUGUCACAAUGAGUUCCAAACAACUUAGAAGACGUGGAAAAGUACAGGAAUGCACCACCCUCCAUGCUGUUACACAAAACCCAAAAGUUUACUCGCCUCUUUGCACACUCAGAGCAGACUGACAUAAUGCAACUGUAGUGUUUUGGAACCUUGAAACUGACUUUUUGCAUACAUCUGCAUACACAGAUGUACACAAAAGGUUGCCUCUCUAUCUGACCAAAAAGGCUGUCAUAAUCACAGUCAAGAAUGAAUUUAGAUGCAUUUUAAUACAUGUUAAAUAAUGCUCUUUAAAGCAAUUAGCUUUUUUUUGCUCCUUUAGAACUUUGUAAGCUUUUGAUAUGAAUGCCUUCGAUUAUUACCGUAGACUCUGAGACCUUAGACUAUAUUCCUGCUGCCAGCCAGCGAUGUAUCUUGCCGUUUGUUAUGGAACUGAUAACAUAAACUUUAGGGUAUGAAAUCAUGGUAGAGUUCUGCUUUUUUUUUUUCUCCAUUUUUGAAAAUGUUGGUUGGAUUGUGAGGUCUCCAUGCUGAUUCACCAGAACCAAAAAGAGAGCCUGAUCGGAAUGACAGUCGAGCCUGAUCCACUUCUUUUAAGAUUCCGUCUUGUAAUUGGUUUGGUCUUUUAGUCGGCAGUCUCAGUCAGCUUAAUGUAGUAGCACAAAUGUUGUUUGGCUGAGAAAACGGCAACUACUCAACGACGCUCUCUUGUGGAAGUGUUUAUAUCUGCUAAUAUAGCAUUGUUGCUUUAAAUCAGCUAAAACUAAGCUAGCUAGCUGUUUCUUCACUUUUCUAGAAACUCACUGUGAUGUGGGUAACUAUUAGUGAUAAUAACUUAACAGAAUCUCACUUCAACAAAUCCAAUCUAUCUUUUUAAUAAUUUUAUUAUAUUCCAAAGAUUUAUGUGAUUUUGUUUUAACCCUAUUUAUUUUCUCAUCACCUACCUUUAAGAGUGGGAUUCAACAUUGCCUCAAGCUACAAUAAUCUAGCAUCCCUGCAUCUUUCUUAUGACCUUAAAACAGUGCCUAGAAAUUCCCCAGACAAGGUCACCCACUGAGUCGUACAAUGUAAGCCAGAUUGUUGGCUUAUUUUACUCACCAAAGCAAGAACCUCCAUCCAGAAGUCAGAAACCCUAAAAUAAUCAAUCACCUACAGUUUGAGAAUUAGUGCCCUUAUGCCUUAAGAUGUGGAGUCUCAAUCUAAACUUUGCCUCUCUCUUUAAAGAUGUCUGCAACAAUCCAACUACUCGACUGAACCACUGCAUAUGUGGACAUUUAUGGACUGUAGUUUGUCUGCGAUGUACAAUCACCAACCCUUUUUUAAGCAUGAAAUCCCAUUCUUUCUCAUAUGGAAUAGCACAGGCCUAACUAAAAGUGGUCUAGAUUAGGUCUAGGUUCCCAAACCUUUUUGCCUAUAUCUCUCAAAAAAUGCAGCGGAGGAGAAUUGUGACUAGGCAUGGGCUAGUUUGAGAGGCCAUGGAAGGAUAACAUUGAGAAAUCAAAUUAUUAUCACUACUAUUAAGCCAAAAGAUAUAAACGUAAUCUAAUGGCUUUCAUUAAAAAAAAAAGAACACAAAAAAUGUGUCCUUCUGCCAGUUGAUUAUUGGUAUUUUAAUUUUGAAACAUGGAUUUAAACAAAACUAAUAAACACCCUCUAAAUCUAGCAGUGGUUAAUAAAUAUUUUCUGACAGUUACAUUUUCUUGUCAGGCAAAAUGUUUAGUAGCUUUCUUUCGGCCAGCUGACUUGUAGUGUUCAGAAACUGAUAAAACUCUAGUCACUUUGGCAUCUCAUUAAAAGGAUUUUAAAGUGUAUAAUGGAAAAAUAUUUACAAUUUUGAAACAUUAACUUUAUAAAACCUUUGUAUACAUUGAUAGCUGGCCCGUGCCUACACGUGACCCAAAGAAUCAGCUGAAUCUACUAAUAGGUCAUUUAAUCAGGACUAUUGACAGCAGGAACAGAAUCAACAGCCAGUAUAUUCCUUUAUUUCUCUAUCUGUAUUAUUUUAUUCUAAAAUUUACAGCAUAAAUAUUGUUUAGAAUUCUUUUUUUUAUAUUUAAUUCGACUUGUGAAGCAGAUCUCAAAAAUCCCACAUUUGCUUAUUCUCAACCCAACUUUUCUUCUUAACCACUGGUCUAGAUGGAGCUCUCUAAAACACAAAAAUGUACUUUCAGUAAUAUUAGUUCUAAAAAAGUUAUUAUAAAGAAAUUGGGCUAUGUUUUAAGGAUGUUGUGCAUUAAAAAUGUCAUAUUUGUGAUGCCUGCAGGCUGUCCCAAAGCUGGGCUCUUUUGUAAAGCAGCAGAGUCUGUGGCAUUAAGGCUUAGUCCUACUAAAUCUAUACAAGAAAAGCAAAGUGAGUAUUUUAUAAUCAUACCAAUUGUUGCAAAUGCAAGAUGAUUUCCAGGGACCUCCUAAAAGAUACCUAAACUACGACGAUGUCGAUUGUUGUUGUUUUUAUUUAACCUUAGACGAAAUUGAACUCAGUGCUCUUACUUGUAAAGUGACCUAAUUUAUCGCAGAAAGUCAGACUACCCCUUUCAGGCUUUAAAAGGUGUGGUGGAGAAACCAACUCGCUGAAACUACAUGUAACCGGUGUGUGCUAUUCAUCUCUGCCCUGAAGCACCUACCCCCACCCCUCGCAUGCCAGAUUUGGCUCAACAACAGAAGUCCAGAGUAACGUCAGGACGCCUGGGUUGCACUGGGAAAGAAAUGGGUAAAGUAAUGCUUCGAUUUUACAGCAAAUGCAGAAAAAAAAAAAGCAGGAACAUUGUCCCACCUGCAGUUUUACUCUCCCUUUAGCCUUUGGCCUCUGUGAUGGCAGUGUCUGGAACGUGACAGGGAACACAAUAAGCUGUUUAAAGAUGAAACAAGGCAGGAUGUCGGUAGGAAUCCCUCGGAGAGCACAAAGUGUAAAACAGAAAUUCUAAAAACAAGCAUUCAGCCCUCAUUGUUUUGCCAAGGAAAUGUUCUUUUACUGUAGGUGAAAAAUACAGAGUGUUUAAGGAUGUCCUUUUCCCCUUCUAGUUGUAUCUCUUCGAUACAUCCUGUACCCGCCUGUAUGUCAUUGUGUGAGUGUUUGUGUGUGUUUACAUGGCAUCCUUUCCAACCUCUCCAUCCUGCUCCUUGAUCCAAAGCUACCGGGAUCAGCUCGCUGUUGCAUGUUGGCUCAGUUCUCCUAAACUUGGAUCCAUGAGUGAUGAUGCAUCUGGGAUUGGGCCAAUCUGUUCAGAAGGUGUCUGUGUAUUCUUUGUUUUACAUUGAUCUCACAUGUCGGAGCCAUUUACAAAGUGCCUGAACACAUCCUCCUUAUCUCCUUGUGUAUUUAAAUUGAAAACAAAAAAAUUAAUUGGAGAAAUCACUCUGGAGUGAAUUGGAUCAUUUUUUACACUUAGUAUUUUUACCUCUGUAAAAAAAACAAAAAUAAGAGCAAAAAUUAUAUUAUAUAUAUCAAUUGUAUGUUGUAAAUUUUUAUUUCUAUAUUUGUUUUUUUUGUUUUUUUUUUAAGUAACAGUUUCUAACAUAUACGAUGGAUGUGUAGCUCUUGCUUUCGAGAAGGACAAGGAAGUACUUUGUAGAUACUAAAGAGUGGCCAGGGUCUGUGAGAAAAUCUGAAUGAAAUGUGUGUCUUACCUUUGCCUCUAAUAAAACGAGAGUACAGAGGAAUCCCCCAA